AUGGCAUUCUGGAAGUCGUUCGUAUUCGCGUUAGCCCUGCUGGCACUGGUGGCCAGCGGGCUGGAGAUUCAGAAAAAUACUCGUGCCCUGAAGGGGCUGCAGGGACACCUGGCUCAGCCGACCAUACCGGAGGCGUACUACGAUCCACCGAAAAAUAGUCGCGUAAUUGGGGCUCGCUUCCGCACUCGGAUCGAUCACUUUGAUCCCCAGAAUCGGGACACGUUCGAAUUCAGCUACUACUCGAACGACGAGUUCUACCAGCCCGGCGGACCGAUUUUCAUCUUCGUCGGUGGAAACUUCCAGCUAUCGACGUACUACAUCGAGCAUGGCCUGCUGUACGAUACGGCGGCCCAGACUGGUGCUUGGCUAUUUACUAACGAGCACCGGUACUACGGUGGCAGCUCUCCUGUGGCUGACUACUCGACCGAGAACCUGCGCUUCCUGCACAGCGAGCAGGUGCUGACGGAUUUGAUCGAAUGGAUCGAUCACUUGCGCCGCGAGGUGGUCCAAGAUCCGGAUGCCAGGGUGGUCCUGAUGGGCACGGGAUACGGCGGUGCUCUGGCCACGUGGGCCCGUCAACGUUUCCCGAACAUCGUCAGCGGUGCCUGGGGUGCCGGAGCGACGGUGCUGGCCAGUUUCGAUUUUCAGGAGCAUGCGGCCGAUGUUAGCGAGCUCAUCCGUCGGUUCGGCGGUGACGAGUGUUACAACACGCUGUGGGUAGCGUUCCGCACGGCCCAGUAUUUGAUCGAUGCCGGAUGGGACGAGACGGUAACGACGCUGCUCAACACCUGCGAACCGAUCGAGCCGGAUAACCUGCUGGACCAGGAGACGCUGUUCUUCCACCUGAAGCUGGCCAUUCAAGAGGCAGUGUUCGCGGAGCAGAACACUACGCGCAUCGGCGAGCUGUGCGAGAGUAUGGUGAACUCCUCGGAAACGACCGCUCUUGGGGGCCUGGCGAGCUGGCUGAGUGUGUACUAUGCCACGUUGCCCUGCAAUCCGUUUGAUUUCGACACAAACAUGGCCGCGGGCCAGGUACUUGAGCCCGGCGCGGCGGAAAAUGCCGUCCUCGGACUGCGUCAGACCCAGUACCAGGUGUGUACCGAGUUCGGCUGGUUCCGGACGACCGACGACGAUAGCCAGCCCUUCGGGGACCGUGUGACGAUGCACUUCUUCCUCGAGGCGUGCCGGGCCCUGUUCGGUGACUGGGUCACCGAUGCCGUCAUCUACGAUGGGGUGCGCUUGACGAACCUGCACUACGGUGGGCAGGAUCCAAGGUCGACGAACGUGAUGUUUAGUAACGGCGAGUUCGACUCCAAUCGCUUGGUAUCGAUCACGAACUACAGCAACACGUUCAGUUAUGCGUACGUUGUGCCGCUUGCGUUUGCCUAUUCGGAAAUUUACUCGAUCGACGAGGGCGAUUCGCCUGAACUAGUCGCAAUCAAGAUCAGCAUUCAGCAGUACAUUGGGCUCUGGCUCGAAACUAGCCCGGUUGACCCACGUGCUGUAUCCUGA